AGCGGAGCGGAGCCCGGGAGUAUGGAGCGCUGCCGCCGCCGCCCCCGGCCCGCGCAGGGGCCGGCCGGGCCGCUCGUGCCCGGGUCCCGCGGGCAGUGAGGGGCGGGCAUGGCCGACCCGCUGCGCAGGACGCUGUCCAAGCUGCGGGGCAGGCGGGCGCAGCGCGGGGCGGGAGCCGGCGCCCCCGGACACCCCCACGAGGGCAGCGGCGCCCCGCAAGAUUUAAUAGAGAAUGUGUACGUAUCAACAAAUAGGAGAGAAUACAAACUCCGGAAGGCGGCUGAAGUCCCUGAGCACAGGUCACAGAUAAACAGCAUCACCGUUUCUAAGAAACGUAACUGGCUGCACCAAAGUACUCUAAGGGCCCUUAAUGUGGAAGAAGAUGAAUGUAAGAAAAUGCAAGGAGCUAUUACCCAGGUACCCAAGUCUCCAAGUCCCUUAUCUGAAUCUAAAAUGGCACAGGUUCCUUUGAAAUCACCGGUAGGACAGGAAUGUUCUGUAGGAGCCUGUAGUUCUGUAAAAACUCUCCAAAACAGUCCAAGUCCUUCGAUCCUGAGAAAUGGUACUUUAGAUUUCAGUGAGGAUAAUGACGCAGAUGAUGAAGGAGAAAUAUGGUACAAUCCAAUCCCUGAAGAGGAUGAUUCUGACUUCCCUAGAGUCCAUCUUUCUGCUGGGAAUAACACCGUUAAUUUAGACUCCCAAACUGCCAAUUACAAGGUGUUGCCUGGAAGUAACUUGACUAAAGUAGUGGGGCACAGUGAAGACCUUUCAAGCUCCUCAGAAUGUGCAGGGGACAGUCCAUCUGCUCAGUCCAGUGAAAUUAAUCAAGCAGAUUCCCUUCAUUCCAUGGAGCACAUGCAGCUGCACAAGCAGAGGUUUGUGUGCAAGACUCAGAGUGGGUCAGCAAUAGAGGAGUGUCCUACAUUUAAAAAUCCUUUGACAGGAUCUGGAAUUGUACUUACAAACAAGGCUGAGACGACAGCAAUGGAAAUUUCUCCUCCAAGUCCUAAUCCUUUGAAAAAAGGUGGAUCAAUUAAUUGGCCUUUCCCUGAUAAGAUAAAAUCUCCUAGAACUGUGAGAAAACUUUCCAUGAAAAUGAGAAAAAUACCAGAACUCAGCAGGAAGCUGAGUGUCAAAGGAACCUCAAGCCAUAAUGGUUCGGAUAACUCUUCUUUGUUGAAAGGUAACUGUCGGGAUGGAAGCCAUGCAACUUCUUUGUCAUCUUCUGGAAACACAGCAGCAGCUGCUAGCCGGAACGUGAUAAGUAGGUACCAUCUUGACAGCAGUGUGUUAUCGCAGCACACUGACAAGAAGAAAAAUGCCAGGAGUUCCAAAUCUUCUAGUAAAGGUGGUUACCUCAGUGAUGGAGACUCUCCUGAACUUAUAACAAAAUCAGGUAAACAUGGAUCUGAAAGCAGGUGUGGGAAAGGAAAAGAGGUACUUCCAAAUAACAAUAAUAAAACAGAAAUAGAUAUUGAUGCUUUUAGACACUACAACUUUUCUGACCAACCCAAGUGUUCCCAGUACAUAUCUGGGUUCAUGAGUGUUCACUUCUAUGGUGCUGAGGAUUUGAAACCUCCAAGGAUGGACUCAAAAGAUGUCUUUUGUGCAAUUCAGGUAGAUUCAGUAAACAAAGCAAGAACAGCCUUGCUUACCUGCAGGACGACCUUUUUAGAUAUGGACCACACGUUCAACAUAGAACUUGAAAAUGCUCAACAUUUAAAGCUAGUAGUCUUCAGCUGGGAGCCUACCCCGCGGAAAAAUCGGGUUUGCUGUCAUGGAACAGUGAUUCUCCCUACUCUUUUUCGAGUGACAAGGACUCAUCAGCUGGCUGUCAAACUGGAGCCUAGAGGGCUGAUUUAUGUCAAACUGACCCUCAUCGAACAGUGGGAGAAUUCUCUUGAUGGUCUAGAUGAAGAUCGAGAACCAGUGAUAUUUGGAGUAGAUGCUCGAAAAGUUGUUGAGAAGGAAAAUGUGGGCUUGAUGGUACCACUCUUGAUGCAGAAAUGUAUUGUGGAGAUUGAGAAGAGAGGCUGUCAGGUUGUAGGACUAUAUCGAUUAUGUGGUUCAGCAGCAGUCAAGAAAGAGCUUCGAGAAGCAUUUGAGAAAGAUAGCAAGGCUGUUACUCUCUGUGAAAAUGAGUAUCCAGAUAUUAAUGUGAUAACAGGUGUUCUCAAGGAUUAUCUACGCGAGCUGCCCUCUCCCUUGAUAACCAAGCAGCUCUAUGAAGCAGUGUUAGAUGCCAUGGUGAAAAAUCCCCUGAAAAUGACAGCAAGUGGUUGUGAAAAUGACCCAAGUGACUCUGAGCACACAGUGGCCCUUCUGGAUUGUCUACCAGAGGUUGAGAAGGCAACCCUGAAAGUGCUGUUGGAUCACCUGAAACUAGUGGCUUCUUACCAUGAAGUAAAUAAGAUGACAUGCCAGAAUCUCGCUGUGUGUUUUGGCCCUGUACUACUGAGCCAAAGGCAGGAGACCUCCAACCAUAACAACAGAGUCUUUACAGAUUCAGAAGAGCUUGCUAGUGCCCUUGAUUUCAAAAAGCACAUAGAAGUUCUGCAUUAUUUACUCCAGCUGUGGCCAGUGCAUCGUUCAUCUACCAAAGAAUCGACAAGUGUAUUUCCAGGGCACCAGUCAUCUCUGAAUUAUCUGAGGCCCAAAAAGCAGCGGCCUCAGAUGUUGAACUUAAGCAGUACUCAAAUGUCAGGAAUACUCAGACCAAGACCGGCUGGAUUAGACAGUCCCUCAAGUAACCGCUAUGCAGGAGACUGGAGUAGCUGUGGGGAAAAUUACUUCUUAAACCCAAUAGAGACCUUGAAUGAAGCAGACUAUGAUGAUGUCCCUUCAGAAGAUACAGAAAGUGGAGAAGACUGUAGCAAAGUUGAUGGAUCAGAUGCACUGAUUAAGUAUCCAAAAUCUGUGUCCCAAGAACACACAUUUCAUACUUAUUUGACAAUGCAAACAAUAGAUUCAGCGGUGGACCAUAAAGUAGACCUCAAAGAUCUACAAGAAAGUAUUGACACUCUGAUAGGAAACCUGGAGCGGGAGCUCAACAAAAACAAACUGAAUAUCAGUUACUAAUACUUGCCCAGCAUGGUACCCCGUGAUGUUGUUUCCCUGUUCUUUGCCCUACCUCUCCCACAAAGAGGUUGCUUAGUGUGUGGAGUUCUGAAUACUUUGUGGCAUAGUCUUGGCCCACCUUGAAUUAAUGUAUUUAUUUUAGACAUUCCUUCACUGUGCAACGUUUUCCCUGUCCUUUGCCCUUGCCCUUGCCCUCUGCAUUUUUAAGAUGCAAUGUUAGGCAAUGUGAAAUGACUUUAGAAAAUAGUGACAUUUUCCCCCCAAGAGGAUUCUGCACUUUGGAAGUUUGCGCUGUGUGACAGGAGGUGAAGCUACAUUGCUGUCUGCUCUGUAUAGCAACAGGACUCCUCCUUCCUGAAAGUCUAGAUCUGGCAUAAAGGUUCAUCUUUGAAGAAGAUUGGUGCUGCUGAACCUGUCUAUUGCAGCAUGAACACAAGGUAGAUCACAUCCUACCAUAUUUGUCACCUUUUCAUUUGCGAUGCAAAGGCUGCUAUGAAAAAUGCUUUAUAUAUCUAAACACAUCUAUAUACAUAUAUAUAUUAUAUAUAUAUAUAUAUAGUUUAAUUGUACAAAUAUUAAUGUAUUCCUGUAUUAACACAUUUAAGUAAUUAUUUAAAACUGCAAAAAUUAAAUAUUUUUCUAACUUUGUAUGUAGUUGUGUGUGUGUGUGUAUGGGGGGGGACAUAUGAAUUGAAAUGACAGUUCUGAAGAAAGCUACAUUGUGAUGCCAAAAUUCAGGAUUCAUUUGAGUAACAAAACAUUUGAUUAUGCACAGUGUGUGCAGAGGGAAGGAGAGAGGACAGAGUGAAUGAUUAAUAUAAAUGACUCUACAUGUCACAUGUUGAGCUUCAGUUCACAGGUGUUGACUAUUAACUACAUUCAGAAACCAGACAGAUUAGUUUUAAGAAGUAUUUCCAGGGUUACUAAAGGUUUUCAGUGAACCAACCUUUUUCUCUCACAGGUGGCCAAAAUGCAGACAAGGGGGAGUGAAGGGGUCGUGCUUAUUUCAUUUGUUUAAUCUCAUCUGAUAUUUAAGGAAGGCCUGAGAGGUUUGCAGGUUUAUAAAGAUUUCUCUCUUUCUGUGCUUAUUUCUCUGUACAGUAGAUGUGAUGGUCUGGUUUUUCUUUAAUUUCCUAGUUUUGUUAAUUUGAGGAAUUCUAUUUAUGGACAGGUUUCUCGACUCUCAUUUGUUGAAGUGGAGGGGGUGGUAAAUCCUUAACAACAGCAGUUUCUCUUUCCACGUUCCAAAUGCUUUUAACUUUAAAAAGAUGUUGAAAAGAAGACAAUCUAGAAAAGAAAUCUGCAAAAGAAAAUUAUGUCCCCCCAAUUAAACCAGGUAUUUUCUUGGCAUCUGUGAAAUUAUAGCGGAACGUCAGGCCUCCUAUAAGUUCUCUCUCCGGUCUUUUGUGAUAAAAAGUAAACUUAUCAUUUAAUAAAAAGGGUAGGAAAAAUUGUUCUCGUUUAAAUAAAAAUAAUGUCAAGGCUACCUUUAUACAUCAAGACAAAGUGAACAAAAGGCACAAACCCACUUUUUUCCUUUGCAGAUCUCUUGCAGUUCUUUUAUUGAGAAUCCAAACAUCUGGUCUUUAAUCAAUUAGCAGCAUAUGGUAAAAUUGUCUCCAUUCUUUUCAGUACCCUUUUAGCGUACCAUCAUAAUUUUCCUAUUAACCCUGUGGUAAGUGCUUUUUAGCCAUUUCAUAUUUGUAUAUAUUGUCUGGUUUUCAGUUUGUUCAUUAUAGUAGUAUGGUAUUCAGAAUUGGUAUAGAACCUUACCAACUAUUUCUAAAGCAGUAUCUUGGCAUAGUUUCAAAUGGUUCAUUCUCAUUAAUUUAUUUUUUGCUGUAAGUAUGUAAAAUGUGCAAAACAAUGAUUGCAAUACAGUAACUAUAAUAUUGUUUGAAAAUGUAAAUUUAACGUGAAGCACGUAUCAAAUCAAUGUAUUUUUUUAAACUUUUAUACCUACAGAAUGUGUAUAAUUUUUAAGUAUAAAAUUUAAUUCUAAAUAAAAUUUUAACUGAGAACAGUAUUUGCACAAGUCUAGUAAGUGGUUACUUAAAAAUGUACUUUAAUUUUUUUCUAGACAUACAUAUUGAUAGAAUAUAGUAUAUUGUUUUCUGGUUUCAUAAAAUCUUUUGUCAGCCCAUUAAUUUAUCUUGGCUAGAGUACAAUGGAUUCAGAUGUACUUUUUAAUUAUAAUUUCUGCAACAAAAGUUAGUGAAUGAACCUAUUUUUGUAAGGAACCUGGGUAAAUAUUGAUGACUUGGGGGUAUAAUCUGUUUCUGUAUCAGUUCUGUAAAUCAUUACAAUAUUUGCAUUACCUUCUUUGGUAAAACAGUAUAUUUUUAAAAUUCUUUGUUUGUUGUAUAUAAAAUAAACGGGUUCUGUAGUGUAAA